AGAGAAAGGGAGAGAAGAGGGUGACCAAACGGAGGGAGGAGGGAGGGGGAAACGGCGUAUGCUUGUAUACAACCCUGAUUUCCAUUUUUUUCCCAACUCGUAAUGUAUUUAAUUCAAGUGAAACGUAAUCAUGACGUGUCGUGUCAUUAAUCUCCUCGCCGCCUCUCCCGAAAUUAAAGGAGGAGGCUGCCACAGAAGUGUGUCCAUCGUCAGCCGAGACACUAAAGAAUGGCAUAACAUCACACACACUGCUGAGGAUGGAUUCUCCGCCAGAGUGUGUGUUGUCUCUUUCUUGUGAGCAGCCCCAGUCUCCCCAAACAUUGCCAUCCCUCGACCAUAGCCCCCAGGCCUCCUCUCCUCAUACCCUGCUCUCUCUGCCUGACAGCCCUGUUGUCCUGCCCAUUCACAGCCCUGAACCUUCCCCCCAGAGCCUGGAGUCCACACCUUAUUUCCCCCUCUCUCCCUUCCCCCUCCACGAGGACAACAACGAUCACCACGAUGUUGAUGAAGAAGACAAUGAGGAGGAGCUGGAUGGAGGUCCUCCAUCUCCAACCCCGGCAGUGGCUCUGUUCCCAGGAGGAGGGGGACAAGAAGCUGGGUGUAGCUCUUGUUUGGAUUCCUCUCCACCGGCUACACCAUCAGCACCAUUCCUUGGAUUUGGAGCCCUGGAGCUAGCCCUUUCAUCAGGGCAGAGUGGAAACUGCAAUGACGAGCUAGACCUCCAGCUGUUCCAGAAGGAUACUGUUACCAGGGCGAUACCUGGAGUGGGAGGGGCCUCGUCAGGACCUGCGCUCAGGUUUCCCUGUCACGUAUGCGGGAAGAGAUUCCGAUUCCAAAGCAUUUUGUCUCUUCAUGCACGAGCUCACAGUCUGGACCGAGACCGCCGAGCUUCAGCCCUAUACCGUACUGGACUCCCCUCAGCUCCCCUAAAGCAGCACCUCAAAAUCCAACAGAACCACAAAGACUUAAUCCAGAAUCACAGAAGUCACCCAAAACAGCGUUUACUGCCAGCGACUCUCAUCCAGCAUCUCACAGAAGAAGAGGAUGUUGAUGGUGAGGUCAAAGGUCUAGAUGACGGCCUACAGACAGACCAGAACCCAAACUUUUUACUGGAUGACAGCACACCCUUGACGCCUCCACUUACAGAGGACCCUGUUUCUGUAACCUCUCCCUUUUCUUCUGCCAUUGUGGAGGGUGCGUCUACUCCCAUAGCGCCCACGUUUCGCUGCCAUGCCUGCAAAGGAAAAUUCCGCACGGCUUCAGAGUUGGCGCGCCAUGUCCGUAUUCUCCAUAACCCGUAUAAAUGCACUCUUUGUCCUUUCUCUGCCAGCCAAGAAGAGAGCCUGGCUUCUCACUUGCAGGAGUGCCACCCUUCCCCUGAGGUACCUGCUCUGCCACCGGUCUUCAAUUCCAGGCCAGUCAUUGCAACCCCUGACACUCCGGUGCCCACCCCGACCCAUACUCCAGCCCCAACCUCAUGUACCCCACAGGUGGCAUCAGCGGCUACAGUCAGUCCAUCCUCCUCACUGCCAGCAUUUCGCUGUGAUAUUUGUGGACAGCGGUUUACCCAGUCUUGGUUUUUGAAGGGACACAUGCGAAAGCACAAGGACUCGUUGGACCAUAAAUGCCAGGUAUGCGGCCGUGGCUUCAAAGAGCCUUGGUUCCUCAAAAACCACAUGAAAGUACAUCUCAACAAGCUUGGGUUGAAGGCUGGGCUGGGAGCCCUUGGAGGGCCAGGAGUUGCUGAGCAGCAGGCCAAAGGUUCUGUUAGUAAUCAGUCUCUAAACGCCCUCUACUCAAGCCUCCUUCUGGCCCAGCGAGGAGGUGGCAGAGGUGGACAAGGAAGAUCAGAGAGAGAAACUGGAGGCAGAAUUGGGAUGGGCUCAAGCAAAUCAGCCAUCUUGGGCUACCUGGGGUUGCCCAGUGAUGGCAGUGGGGCCAGCUGCAUGGAGAGACUUCAAGCAGUGGCUCAGGUGGCAGAGAUGGGAAACGGUGGUGGUGGCGGCAUUGGCGGCUCAGGAGGAGGGGGAGCAACUAGAAGAGGGGGCACAGGUGAAACUACAGCAUCAGUUUCAGAAGGAGGGGACCAGGCAACUUGGUGGCAGCUGGUGGCUCGCAGCCUGGCAGUAGCUCAGCAGCAGCAACAGCAGCAGCAGCAGAGACCCCUCCAGCGAGGCCAACAGCAAGGCCAGCGAGGCCCAGGUCGGAGCUCGGUGAUCACGGAGGCCGAUCAAGUCAGAGCCUACCUUGGAGGCCUGGAUCCAAGAGAAGAGUCUGGUGGAGCAGGAGGGCCAUGGGAAUGCCCAGACUGUGGAAAGCUAUUCCGCAGCCUACAGCAGGUGGUGGUUCAUGCUCGUGUUCACACUCAGAGGCCCCAGAAAGGAGGUGGGGGUGAAGAGGAGGGCAGUUGUAGUGGUAGAAGAGCGGGGCUUGGAAGGGGAGACAGUGGUGAAGUGAGACAGGAAUCUCAGCUACACAGUGGUGGAUCCCAACAAACGGGAGAAGUGAGACAGGAAUCAAAACUGCACAGUGGUGGUUCACAACAAGCAGGAGCAGCUACAGGGUUUCAUUCUGUCAUCUCAAGCUUUAAAGGCGAAAAUGGCUUGACAGCAGUAUCCUCCAUACCUCCAGUUCCCACCAGGGAGCGAGUGCGUGGUAGAGGGAUAAAAGACUGCCCCUACUGUGGUAAAGCCUUCCGUUCUUCACACCAUCUCAAAGUGCACCUGAGAGUUCACACAGGUGAGAACUGCUGUGAGAGACCCUACAAAUGCCCCCACUGUGACUAUGCAGGUACCCAGUCGGGCUCACUGAAAUACCACCUCCAGCGUCACCACAGGGAGCAACGCAAUGCCUUAGCAGCCACCUCCAAUUCCUCCUCCACUGGUCUCACCUCCACUAUCAACAGUCUGACCUCUGGAACCUCUGGGCUGGCCAAGCAGCGCCGAUCCCAGCUGAACCAUUGCCCGGUUAACCGAGGCUCAACUGACACAGCCACCUCUCGUCCCAGCCAGCAGUCCUGGCUCCUGGGGCUUCCAGACCAGCAGGAGCAUCGGAAGGCUUUGGCAGCUCUAAGGGAUGUCGACUUGGAGACGCAAUACAGGUAUCUGUCUGGGGUGAUGGGGGCCCUUUACCAAGGUGGAAUGGAAGGAGGCUGGAUCAGGGAGUCUCCCCCACCAAAGGCCCCUAAAGUGUCCCGUCGUAAACCCCUUACUACUAGCCGAAUGGUUCAGCAGUCGAGUGACAAGGAAGUGCCUGCACCUUCAACUCAAGAGGGUGGGUUUGAACCCCUGGAUCUUUCCCGUCGCCCCUCACCUGGCCUUGGAGGGAUGGAGGAAGAUGGAGGCAUGGCUGUAGGGGAAGGAGGAGGUAUCGGUGGUGGGGAUGGCGGAGGGGAUAGUUCAACAGGGGUGAAACUCAGCCAGUGUUUGUUCUGCCCUUUCCGUACAUCCUCAGGAGAGCUGAUGGCCAUGCAUCUCCAGGUCAACCACACAAGUAAGUCCAGGCGCAAAAGAGGCCCUUCAACUACUUUGGAUGAUGAUGGAAUUCCAAAGGCCACCAAGCCCAGGAAGGAUAACACUGACCUCGACCCUCUGACAAUAUGGAGGCAUGUGAACGAGGCAGAGUCCCAGGCACCACUGGGGGAAUGGUCCUCAACUCAGGCCAAGACUCUGAACGGGCUCUCUGUGGAUACUGCAGAACAACUGGAUGACAUUCUCAACCACCCAGACUCCAACAUGGCCUCGGCAUCCAAAAAUGUAAGAGACGGUCUGGCACUCAAGGGGAAGAUGGAGGGGGAUGAGGAAGAGCAAGAGGAGGAAUUGGAAGAAAAUUUGGAGAACAGCAGUCUGGAGGAUUCGGAGGACCAGGAUCAGAGGAUGUCCCUCACUCUUUCACCGGCCCUGAGCGCCAACCACAUGGUGGGAGAGGAGGAAAGAUUCUUCACAGAUUAAAAUAAUUUUGGAUGACACCAUUUAAAUUGGAACAGUUGGGUCCAAUGUUUUUAAGUACAGUUGACACAGAAUUGAAGAAGGGGCGGGUAGCUUUGCAGAGAGAAAAGGAGAUUAAGGUCAAAUAAAUAUUUGCGCUACGUUAUACUUUCAUUUCUGGACAGAGGAUUCUUGACUCCUGAUGUUUUGUGGAUGGAAAGAAAAAUCACUGCUGUUAUGUUUCCUCCGACAUUAUUCGUCUGCUUCAGUUCUGACAGUGUGGUCAUCCAUGAAAUAAACUUCCUGUACAAAAGAGCAAAGAUGCAUCUUUUCAGGAUUGUAGGCCACUUUUUUAUUUUUUUCCCCUAAGCUUCCCUCCAAGAUGGAUGAUUUUUAUAAGAUGACCUCCUAUUUCAUAAAUGAAAGAAACGUAUACUGUAAAUGAUUCCACAUGCAAUUAUUUCACACUAGUAAUGGACUGAAUAUCCCAGACUACUAUACUGACCAAGUUCAAGCCAGCUGUGAAGAUGUGCUUUCCUGACUGACCACUGAAUAGUUUGAAACUUCAAACUUUAAGUUCCUCCUCAGCCCACACAGAUAGGGAGGAAAGUUUAAUCGAGAAGUGUUUCAAGCUGUGAACCUCAGCUAAGCUAUUUGGUAUUAAUUUAAGGCAUGAGAUAACUUGCAGGCCACGUGCUUUUCCUCAACUAUAUAUCACUGCCUUGUUUGUCUGAAAAGUGUUUCUAGAUGAUUGUCCUAAAGAAAAACUGAAAGAAAAGUUUGUAACUUUUUAUUUUAAUUUUCAGUUAGUGCCUGUUUGUGUAUGUUGUCAAGAGAGUCUCUGUUAUUCCUUCACAUCGAGGCUCUGUUAGGUCAUUAAUUUUACCUGAAUAUACAGUCUAAAACAUUUUAAGUACAGUAUAUUUGUUAAAAGUGGUUCUAGGGUGUUGUGAAUAGUUAAAGUUGUACAAGAAAUCGCAGCGUGAUGUCCUUGACACAGACGGCAGCCGUUUGUUGCUCAGCUUAUAAAGAAAAGAAAAAAAAGCAGUUGAUAUAAAUAAUGUAUAAUGUGAUAAAAGAGGUCAAAGGCUGAGUGAUAAAAAAGGGGCCACAAUUCAAUAUUCAGUGUUUACAAUGCUGCCGAAUGCGGGUUGGGUUGCCAAGACAAUGUAGAUGCGUGGAAGAGAACAAAACACAGAGCGGCAGUCUGUUUGAGGGCUGUAGGGACAUCGCUCGAGCCCACGAACACAAUCAACUGACACACCCUUUUUAAGGAGACAGAGACUUAGCAACUGUGUCAAAAAUGGAACAAUUUCAUUUUUUCAAGGUAGAGAACGCAAAAGAAAGCAGUAUCCCUGCCAAACAGGACUAAAUCUGAGAAACAAACUGUACUCUCGGGGUAUGGUGUCUUCUAGAUGAGUAGAUUCCCUCUCUUCUUCUUUUUUUACAAGAAAAGAAAAGACAAUGGUAGGAGUAAUUAUUAAAACACUAACAAAUGCAUAGACAUCCCAGUAGAAUAUGUGUAGCUUUUGUAAAGACAAGACAAAAAAGCAGACUUUUGUUUAUUUUAAUUUCAAGAUGCUUACAGAAAAAGGUUAUCACUAUAGGUAAUAUUGAUUAUAAUGUUUGUGAGCUAAGACUAGUUGGAAUGUCUAUACAGAGCACUGUGCAAGGUUUGAGUUCCCAAAGUAGUUGUUUUCAUUUUGACUUUAUCAAUAGACCAAACGUUUUUCAAUGGAAGUUGUCACUUUCUGUUGUUGUUUUAAAUGUGUAAAGCUGUGGUUUCAAUAGAUUAACCCCAUCGAUUAGCGAAAUCGGUCAAUCAGUUGACCAGUGUAUCAAAUACCCAACCAUUGAACUGGUUGUUAAAGAAAGUUCAAAUUCAAAGUACAUAUUUUUUGUGUAAACAACAACAACACCGAUUGCUAUUCAUUGAAAACAAUCUCUUAUCCUGAAUUAUUGUGUUUAGAAGGUAGAUUUAGGAAAAACAAUAUGAUUGUGAGAGAGUAAUAUCCCCUUACACUGGUUAACAACCACUAUUUAUCUACUUAGACUUCUUUUUGAUGGGGUAUUCUAUGGUCGCAACCACACAAUAAUGUGCAUUAAUGUGUUUAAGUUCUUUUUUUUAGAGCACCUUAUGAGUUUUGUAGUGAAAGUCCCUUAGUGGUGUCUCCUUAACAACUACUGUCAAUGCCAUCGUGCCUUCUGUUUCAAGCACUUCCUGGUGUAUUUUGUAAAACUCACCAAAAGCACUUAGCCUAUAUCUACACACUCUCUCUCUUCCCCUCUGUCUCUGUCCUUCCACUUCCCUCCUUUCUCCUGUUUUAUUUUCCUCUGCUCCUUCAUCACCUCAGCCCAUUUCAUUUCCCUAAUCCUUUUCCCUUGUCUUUACCUCUUGACCUCUCCCUCCUGGGAGAAGCUGUCUUCACACCAGAUUUCUCUCCUACUAUUCAGCCUUAAACAAGGUCACUAGGCCACAUUACAAUCGAGCAUGGCUAGAAUGGACUAUCUAACCUUUAGACAAGUAAAAAUCAUUAUACAUUAGUGGUAGGUUUAGACUACAUUUGGUCUUAAUACUAACCCUUGGUAAACCAAAGCCCAAGUCUAAUGAAUAUUAUAUUUAAUCUCAUACGGUGCCAAAACAUGUCGGGGGUGACACUAAAACACGUAUCACCUUGAGAACCUGAGAAAACAAAAUAAUUCACCCGUCUUCUCUCUUUCCCUCUCUCUUUUCUCAUAGUGUCUUUUAUAAACCCCUCUUCCUCCUUUUCUCUCUCUCAUGCUUGCUCUUCCUCCACGCCCCUCUCUCGUCCGUAAACUGUCUAUCUCUAGCACCACUUGAAGGUGACGUGUACUAUCUGGUAUUGAGGCCUUUAUUAGAUUUUUAUUUCAGUUUGUGUGGUGUUUGUUCAAUGCCGUUGAGAUGGAAAAAUGCUCUUCUUAUAAUGAUAAUUAUUAUUGUUUUGGCAUUAUGUUUAAAAAAGCAACAAAAAAACAAGAGAAAUGUGUUGUUGAAUGUUGUACAGAUAGCACUAGAGAUGUUGUGUUUUUUAAAGAGAGCACAAACCUGAGUGAUGGUCCCUUCUACUCCUCCCAGCGGCAGAUGGGAAUAAAACAGCCUGCCAAUCAGUCUAGAUGUCUAAUGAUAGAAAUUUUCUCUGUGAUGACAGAUUUUCAAAAUAAACCCCUUUGUAUAAGUAGCGUACUUCUCUGGAGAUUUGAAUGUAAAAAGGCAGCCUUUGACUCAAACUCCAUCCCCAAAUUUCUUGCACAAAAAAAAAACCUCUCUGAAAGACUAAAGCAGCACAUGAGCCAAUAUUUUUACUCCUUUGAAGGUAUAUUUUGAUAUACCUGAGAAACUGAAUGAUUUUGCCUACUUACUAAGAAUUAGACAAACACAUGGGUGCCUUUUUAUAUGUCCAUUAACAGUCUGAAAGUAUGUUUAGGAGCAAGUUAAGCCCAUUUUAGCUCAUUUAUGUACAUGGGAUCAGUAGAAGCUUAACUGAAAUCCGAAAUACACCUUUACAUGUAUCCAAAGAUGGACAGUUGGCUAUCAUCUAAUACAUGAAAAUGUAUUUAUAGAGUUGCUGAUUUCGCUUUAAUGACGUGAGAUUACAUCAAACAUCUGUUUAUGUGUGCCACAGUGGAGGAAUAUGAAACUUUUGUUUUUGAUAAAACAGUUUCCUACUGUACUGCUCCUAUUUAGACAUCCAUUGACAUCCAUUAAUUGAGUAAAGUAAGCGUGAGCUCACUAUUCAAACUACCUUCAAAGUUCACAAAAUACAUGCUAAAGCAUCAUUGAGUUCAUCUGACUCUGAAUUAAGUUGAUAAAAUGGCAAAAUUCUCUACAAACCAAACUUUUACAUUACUAUUUACAUUUCCACGUGUUUUCAACUGAAUACAAUGUGGCUCCCUUGGGAUUUUUCAAACGUAUGUGAGAAUUGCACCUUAUUGUCUCCUGAUUGUGAAUCAGAUAAUUUCACCAAAAGGAUAACACUAUAACUUAGUGGGUAUCGUACGGGCUGAACAUACGUAGACAGUAUCUAUAGGUAUGAUCGUUUUGAAGGUGUGUUUUUUAAUGAAAUGACAAAUCUUUGCGAGGUGAGGGGGCCAUGCUGGGUUUGGGCUCUUGUGUAGUUUACUGCCAUUGCAGUGAGGGAAAACUGAUCUAACAUAGUAGUGACUAAUAUGACUUUGUGGACAGAUAAAAAAAUAAAAAUAAAAUGCAUUAGAAAUAAAUAAACAUAAACAAAAUAA